AAUCAGAAUUCAUUGUGAAUAGCAUACUUAUUGUAAAUACAAUAGAAAGCAAAUGAAUAUAAAAGUUACGUUUUCGGAUGUCAAAACAAAAUUGAAAAAAUAAAAUCGAACGAUUUCAAGGCGAGGUCUAUUCGUAAUUUAUUUUAUGCCAAGUAAAUUUUUGGAAAUUGGUGUAGCGUCGGAGAGUGCAUAAAAAGUAAAAACGAUGGUGUCGAAUUAAUAAGUUGUUGAGAUAUGGAUGAGUUCAAUUUUGCACAGCCUGCUCCUGCAGUUGCGGAGCCUGCUAUAUUAACACGUAAUAUAGUCCUACAAAAAUAUGUGAUUGCAUUACGCCAUUUUCGUAAUAUAGCUGAAAAGUCAUUUCGUGUACGCCCGCUAUAUUUUGAUAACUAUCUGCUAUGGCAGUACUUUCAACAACGCAGCACAAUGGAAGUUGAUGAUGAUUUGAAUAUACGAAACUACUCGAACCUAUCUUCUCUAGCAUUUCUCAAAUUGGAAGUGCUCAGCCAAGUCUUGGAUCGGCGGCGCCAAAUAUUAUAUUGGAUUUUUUAUCUUAUGCUUGUUUCGCUGUGCGUUUUUGCUUAUCGACAUCGCAAUGACACAUCGUCGGAUGGUUUAACGUCUGCAGGACAUAAUGUGCAUUCUUUUAUCUAUCCCAGUAUGCGCAUGUGGCGUCGCAUAACACUGCCAUUAAUUCAACGUUUUCCACGACUCACAGAACUGUAUGAUGAGGCGUGUCUAAUGCAGAAUCCAUUCUUCCAAGGUGUCGAUGCACUUAGCUGCGAUCCUUGUUCAACAGUACAGAGUGUACUUGAUUUAACUUCGGUAACGGAGCGAAGUGUUGAUGUUUACAACGAUAAUGAAGAAAACAGUAGUCGUGAUAAUUCAAAUCAAGAAAUGCCAAAUGAAUUUGUGCCUUUUGUAUUUAAGAUAAAUCAAAAUCCCAUUCAACUGCAGGAUUUCUACGAUCUCUACUUAAGCAAUCAUGCAACAUUUCGCCGCGAUGCGUACCGCGUGCAAUCGACAAAUCGUGAAGUUACAAAUCUAGAAGAGCUUUUUAAUAAAUACAAUCAUACGCAAAGUAAAGAAAAGUCUACGCAAAUAAUUGAGGCGCAUAAUUUGUGGCGUUGUAACCGAAUGCUACCCGCACGUCUGCUGCGCAAACUUUUCGCCAGUCCAACAAUACAUCUGCCUCGUAACGGUAUCGCGCUAGAGCGAUACAUCACAAUCGACACAACACAAGCGCCGACCUAUACUUUGCCUGAUACGCAAUGUGCAAAUGUGUUUGUACAACAAGCGCUCGGCACUAGAUACAUCUUCCUGCGCCCAACAAGUGAAUGUCGACAUCGUUGCCGCACAUUAUCAAUACGCUUACCGCAAUCUUUCGUACUCAGCUACAAUUGGCUUUAUUGGAAACCAAUUUCUGCGCCCGAUCCUGUCGCCGAUUCAUUUUCAAUUACAUUAAUUGGGUCUUAUUGUUAAGGUCUGAUAAUAUAUUUUAUUAUUCAUAUUUUGUUAGCGACUAAAUAUCGCAGGACAAAAUCAUCAUAAGUUCUUUAUAUACACACAAACAUAUAUACAUAUAUGUAUAAACGUACGCAUAUCGUAACGUCGUUUACGACGUUUACAGCCGACCAUUGCAUUUCUCGCCAACUAUAUUCAUUGCAUAGUAAUUGUGAACAACCGAUUACUUACGAUACAUUUCACUUUCUACUGUAUUAUUUAAUAAUUACGGCGUAUUUGGUGUAUAACCGAAAAGAAGAAUAUCAAAACAUCAUUUGCAAUCUAGCAAUUAACCAAAUAUUUCUUUUGAAAUAUUUAAAAUAUAUUAGUGUACUCUUUCAUACAACCACACAAAAGGCGAUAUACUACUUUUGUAAAUUAAAAUGUGUGUAAAUGUUUUCAUAUUUCCUUUGAUACUCUUUCAAUAAAAGUUCGUAUUUCUUUGGUCGCAUGAAUGUGUUCAAUAAGAUUUAAAAAGUAUGCUCAAUUAAUCUUUAAAGAAUUGUGUGCCAAAAAUUUCUCUGACGUCUCGUCAAAUAUUGCUAUGUGUACCAUCACUUAAUUAUAUAUUAAAGUAAACAUAUGUAUAAAAGUUUGCCUUUGUACCGAGAAUAUGUGAAAUUAAAACAAAAACAAAAAGGAAUGCUAGUCAAUACUCUACUUGCAUUUAAUUGGACGAAAUUUAUUUUACUGGUUUUAACGUUUAGGUUCAUCUUACUUUCAGUUGAUGUUAACUUUAUAUUGCAUUUAUACCUGAUAAGUUUCUUUUUACAAAAUCUUGUAUUAAUUUUUAGAUUUAAUUUGUAAUAAAAAAUAAGUUUUGUUUUAUAAUGAAAUCUUCUAUUAAACAAUAAUUAACUAUUGUGUUUGAAAAAAUAUAUUAUUACUUCAUAAUUAAAGGUUUCCAUAUAAUGGAGUUAAAAUAUAAUGUAUAUGCUUUUAGUAACAGUUAGACAUACAUACAUAAGUACAAUAAUCAAAAGAAGCUAGAAUAAACUUCAACAAAAUUGCUUUU